AUGAAUGAAAACAAGUUGAAGACUCCGAAUGGAGUGUGCGGGAGCAGAAGUGCGGGAGACCCGCUGGUGCUUCCACCCAAUACCAGCAGUGAGCACUUUCAUGAUUUCAUUAACAGAGCGCGAACGAUUUGUGGUCUUGACAAUGUUUUUGUCUUGGAGCGUGAGGAUCAGCUCAUUGAUGGGACCUAUCGAUAUCCUAACAAAACGCAUGACAUGCAUGCUAUCUUGGACCGUACCUACUUUGUUUCUUCUGCAACCGUUUCUCCGCGGAACGUGCCCGAGGUUCAGGAUAUGAUGCGCCUCUGUAACGAGUUUGACGUUCCUGUUUGGCCGUUCUCCAUUGGGAGGAAUACAGGAUACGGAGGUGCAGCGCCGCGUGUGCCUGGAAGCAUAGUUCUGAACCUAGGGAAACACAUGAAUCGUGUCCUGGAGGUAAAUACCGAGGGAGCAUAUGCGCUGGUGGAGCCUGGCGUGACCUUUUUUGAUAUGCACAAAUAUCUGGAGAAGAACAAUCUCAGAGAGAAAGUUUGGCUUGAUGUACCAGAUCUUGGAGGGGGUUCUAUCAUCGGUAACGCUCUUGAGCGUGGUGUUGGGUACAGCCCAUACGGCGAUCAUUGGAUGAUGCACUGUGGAAUGGAAAUAGUGCUCCCAGAUGGUGAAUUAAUUCGAACUGGCAUGGGCGCCCUGCCGGCAAAAGCAUCUGGUAGUACAAGCAAUUUGAGACCGGAUGAGCAACCUGGCAACGAAACUUGGCAGCUGUUUAAUUACGGGUUCGGACCUUACAAUGACGGCCUGUUCAGCCAAGGCACCCUUGGGGUCGUAGUCAAAAUGGGUAUCUGGUUGAUGCCAAAUCCUGGCGGUUACCAAGCAUACAUGAUUACCUUCCCGAGGGACGAAGACUUGCAUCAGGUGAUUGAGAUUAUGCGUCCAUUACGUCUGCAAAUGGUUCUGCAAAACGUACCGACUUUGCGAUCCAUCCUUAUGGAUGCUGCAGUACACAACUGCAAAGCACACUAUACAAAUUCAGAUGAACCUCUAUCUGAACAAGAGCUUGACGAGAUCGCCAAGGAACUGAAACUUGGACGCUGGAACUUUUACGGGGCCCUAUAUGGGCCAGAGCCAGUUCGCAAAGCUUUCUGGAGCAUCAUCAAGGAUAGCUUUUCAAAAGUUUCCGGUGCCAAGUUUUAUUUCCCGGAAGACCGCCCCGAGGAGCACAGUAUCCUGAGGACGCGUGAACUAACGUUGCAAGGAAUCCCAAGUUUCGACGAAUUGCGGUGGGUUGACUGGCUUCCCAACGGAGCCCAUCUCUUCUUCUCCCCCAUCGCAAAGAUUACGGGGGAUGAUGCUGUGUCACAGUACGAAGUGAGUAAGAGACGCUGUCGAGAAGCUGGUUUGGAUUUCAUAGGAGAUUUUCUUAUCGGAGUGAGAGAAAUGCAUCAUAUUGUUUGUAUUGUCUUCAAUCGCGAGGAUCCUGACUCCAAGAGAAGAGCUCUUUGGCUCAUUCGAACCCUAAUCGAGGACUGCGCACAGCACGGGUGGGGCGAGUACAGAACUCACCUUGCUGUUAUGGACCAGAUUGCGAAUACCUAUAACUUCAACAACAAUGCUCAAUUGAAAUUUAAUGAACAGAUCAAGGAUGCUCUUGAUCCGAAAGGGAUUCUCGCUCCUGGGAAGAAUGGCAUUUGGCCACAGUCCUAUGACAAGGCCGCUUGGGUUCUUUCCUCGGACCCCGGUAAAUUACCAGUUAGGGGGAGAUCUGAACGCUGA